AUGCCUCCAAAGCGUUCAAAAAAGACGUCGUCGUCGAAUAACGACGACACGAACAACAACACCAGCAUGAACAACAACAACAACAAGAAGAGAAAGCUUUUGGACGACGUACACGAGAAGAAGGAGGACGGUGAUGAUGAUGAUGAUGAUGAUGAUGCCGAGAAUCACAUCGUGUCACCAUCGCGAAAAGGAGGAGAUUCGGAACCGGCGUCGAUGUUCGACGUGGACGCGGACCGCGAAAAGUUUAAAAAAGGGACGCUGAAACGAGAGGCGUACGAGAUGCUCGAAAAGCACUGGCCGGAAAUGAAAGAUACGAACGAGUUGUGGGAGCAAGGCUUGAGGGAAAAGAGAAGUCUCGGGAAGUCUAAGGCGGUUUUAGCGUCUGGUUUGUCGCACGACGCGGUGUUCGUGAGAGUGCCAGGAGGAGCGAGCGGUUCGACUGCCACGGGGAAGUGGGCGUUGAGAUGUUUCGUCGGACAGUCGAGUAAGAAAAUGGCGGCGGUAGCGGCCUCGGGGGGAAGCGGUCAAGCGGCGGCGGCGGUGGAAAAGAAGAAGGCGGAUGAUUCUUCGGAUAAACCGAAAGCUUCGGGGACGAUCCGAUCGGUCGCGCUGAAAGGACCGUCGAGCGGCGAGUUGUUGAGUAAAGUGCAGGUUUUGGUAGCCGGGAACGCGAAGAAGACGCAAAAAGAAGGAAAAGAAGAAGAAGAAGAAGAAGAGGGUGAACCAAACGAUGACGACGACGAUAGAAAAAAAUCCUCCUUGAAACUUGCCUUGAAAUCGAACGUCGCGCGUCUCUCUCGAGCGACCAAGGACAUCGGCAAAGCAAAAGAACGCGUGGAGCGGUACCAGCAAACGCUUAAACAACUCCAGAAGAAAGAAUCGGAUUAUAACAACCCGGCGAAACGACCAAAAAUUGAAAAAUUGAAAACGCCCGCCCAGUUCAAGAAAGAAGCUGAAUGUCCCAGUUUACCGAAAGAGUUUCUAAAGUUCACCGGAAAUAAGAACGACCGACAAGCGUUAACGAAAUGGAACAAAGGGAAAGAAAAAGCGGAAGAAGCGAUGAAAAGUGCCGUCGACGCGUACGUGGAGAAACGGAGGAAAGAGAUGCGCGACCAACAGGCGCUUUUGAAAGUGGAUCCGAAAAAGAUGAAAUCACAAAUUAACGCCGCGACGCUACUAGUUGAUCGGGCGAAAUUGCACCUUCAAGCGUGCGAAGACGUGAUCAAAGCGUUGCAAGUCAGGAAACAAAUUAUUUUAGAGUCGAAUAUCGACGAUUGGGAAUAUACGAACAAACUGGCUGAGUUCGAGCGACUGUUUUUACACAUCGAAAAAACGAAAUCAGAAAGCUUGGAAGCGGUUCCGGAUCGAGAAAAAAUGAGACUACUCGCGAGAGCGGAAGCGGAGGAAGAAAGAGUUCGCCUGAACGAGGAAAAAGUGCGCAUAAAGAAAAUAAAAGCGGAAGAGUCGGCGCAGGAGAGGGAGAAAGCGAAAGCCGAUCGAGAAGCGGCGAAAGAGGAAGAGAAGAGGAAAAGAAUUCACGAAGCAAGGUACCCAAUCGACGACGACGACUUGAGAGAAGAAUUAAUAGAAGAAUCGAAAGAGAAGGGCAUCGAGUUAUCAGCAUUGCUGCGGCCGUUACCAAAACCGGUGCCGGUGGAGAAUGGGCAAGUGUUAGCGGAUGAAGGCGCGUUGGCGGAAUUUCUGGCCAUUUUUAGCGAAGCGUUGACAGCGCCGCCGUUGCGAACAUAUCUGAUGGUUCGCGAGUGUUUAGAAAACGAGAACAAACAACAGCUUUAUGUGCUUUAUCGCGCGCUAUUAAAGGGCGCGUUACACGAAGACGCGACGGGUGUUGGACGAGGGGUGACUCGAUUACGCUCCGUCAACGAUAAUAUCGUCUGGGCGCAAGUGAUUGUAAAGCUUUUACAGUUGGAAGGCGAACGCGCGCACGGGAAAGCCGCGAUGGAGAUUGUCCAAUCCUUAUCGAAUGACGGUGCACGCAUUGAUAAGCUCACGCUUCAACAACACUUGACGCUUUUGCGAGCAUUAGCCGAUUUAGCACUCGAUAGCAGACCGUGUCAUGAAGAGUUGGAAGCGCGCGUUCAACAAGCGGACAUUUAUCGCGCUGAACGCUUCGAAGAGAGAGCGAAACGAAGUAAACAACAAAAAAUUCGAGAAGAGAAAGAGAAAGAGAAAAGACGAUUGAAACGAGAAGCUGACGCGAUGGCAAAGAAGGAGUUACUCGAGAAGCAACGGUUGGCGCGGGAGGCGGGAGAACCGAUCCCGGUGAGUCUCGAGGAAGAGGAAGAAGAGGAGGAUUUAGACGCCAAAUUUGCCUUACCGGAAGAGUUUCAAAAAUACACAGGCAGCGAGCUGGAUCGAUCUGCGUUUGUAAAAUGGAAAAAGAAUCGCGAAGAAGCUCUGCGCGUCCUCGCCGAACAACGCAGACUGUACGAAGCGGAAAAGUUGAAACAAGAACGCGAACGUAAACGCAUCGAAAAAGCGGAGCUAAUGAGAGGCGCGGACGGCGACGCCAUGCGCGAACGGAAAUGGCAGGCGACUUUGGAACGAUACCAAGCGGAAGAUGACAUGGUUCGCGUUCGUGUCCGGGCGCUCGGCCGAGAUCGAAGCAUGUCCACGUACUGGUUCGGCGUUGGCGGUCGCACGGACGCGGUAUACGUCCAAUCUUUCGACGGAAAAUGGGGCAAAUACGACAACCUAGAUCAAAUCGAUGCGUUGAACGUAGCCUUAAACGUGAAAGGUGAGCGCGAAGCCGCGUUGAAACAUAGUUUGGCGAAACGCGCGGAAAUGAUUGAGGACGCGUUCGAACGAAUUCGAAAAGUGCGCCUACACGAAGAGAAAGAGAAAGAUCGAUUACUCGCUUUGCAAUUGGAACAAGAGGAAAGAGAAAAAUCGGGCGCGCGUCCGAUGCGUCAAAAAAUCGCAGCACCCUCCGAGGUUGACGAAGCGCCAAAAGAGCUAAUUCUAUCGCCUGGCUCACAGCGCAUGGUUAAAGCGUCCAAAGUAAAAGCGAAGCUGAGCGCGAAAGCCUUAGCUGCACAAAAAGAGUUUUUGGACGCGUACCUCGCGUUUGAGGAUUACAGCGCCGUUCUACACGCGAAACAGGUCAUCAGACGAGUUUUUGAUCAGGUUGCGGAACUUCCAGUGGAAUCGAUCGCCAACGAAACCAUGGAAUCGAUAACAUCCAAGCAGAAAGAGCUUGUAGGUAGCGGGGGGCGCUACAUGGACGAAUCAAACCUCUCCGAGAAGCUCUUGGAUAUCGAACAAAAAUUGUACGAAUUCCAAAACGAGCAAUUCGCGCUCGCCGAGGAAGAAUCCGAUCUCCUCUCGCCUGCACCGCCUGAACUUACGAAGCACAGAUUGGAACAAUUAGUAUUAAAACAUACCGACCGUGACAUGAGAUCCUGGAAAAUGGCACGCUCGAAACUCGCUGCAAUGCUUCCACAAGAAGUCUUGGACGAAGCCGUCGAAGCUCGACGCCGAGAAAUGAUUGAAGAACACAUGAAAGAAAACGCGGAAGAAAAUGAAGACGAAGAUGCCGUGCGCGCAAAAAUGUUCGAGGAUUUUGAAAACGAUCGUUUAGAAGAAGAUGUAGACGAUGCGAGCAUCUGGAAACACCCGGGUUAUGACAAACGUCGGGACGCCUGGCGCAAAACGCUUCUCGGCGAGAGCGGAACGCCGCUCACCCCAGCCGUCCUCGCGUAUUGCGCGAAAGUUUUCAACGAUACCAUCCAAACCUUCCUCGGCGAAAUGCACGAACGCCUAGAACUCCGCGCCGCGCAAGAUGAGGGAAACGCGCUCGCAGAUCAGAAAUGGGCAGAACUGAAAUGGAACAAGCGAGCGCGAUGUUCAGCCAUCACCAAGAGCGGCAUGCAGUGCAAACUCCCCGCCAUGGAAGGUAAAAGCACGUGCAUCAAUCACUCCGGCGCCGCGAACUUUGUCGCCCGGGCCGUCGAAGGCGCGAGAGAAGAAGAAGAAGAAGAAGAAGAAGAAGAAGAAGAAGAACGAGAAGAACAGGAGCGCAAUGACGACGACGACGACGACGAGCGAGUGCCCGUGCGAAUGGAUACCGAUGCGAAUGAAAUACAGAUGAUGUAA